AUGGAAUACAGGAACAACGUGACUGAAUUUGUUCUUCUGGGACUCACACAGAACCCACACAUGCAGAAAAUCAUAUUUGCCGUGUUUUUGGUCAUCUAUACCUUCUCUGUGGUAGGAAAUUUGCUCAUUCUGAUCACCAUUACAAAUAGCCAACUGUUGGGUUCCCCUAUGUACUAUUUUCUGGCCUACCUCUCCUUCAUCGAUGCCUGCUACUCCUCUGUCAAUACUCCUAAGCUGCUGGUUGAUUUACUCCAUGAAAGGAAGUCCAUCCAAUUCAAUGGAUGCAUGACCCAAGUUUUUGGGGAACAUUUCUUUGGAGGUGUUGAGGUCAUUUUGCUUACUGUCAUGGCCUAUGACCGCUACAUAGCCAUCUGUAAACCCCUGCACUAUGCAACCAUCAUGAACCGACGACUCUGUAAUUUACUUGUGGGAGUGUCAUGGGUUGGAGGCUUUCUUCAUGGAGGUAUACAAAUUCUUUUCAUUAUUGGACUACCCUUCUGUGGCCCUAAUGUCAUAGAUCACUUUAUGUGUGAUCUGAACCCUUUACUUGAUCUAGCCUGUGUUGAUACUCACACUCUAGGGCUCUUUGUUGCUGCCAACAGUGGCUUCAUCUGUCUGUUAAACUUCCUCCUUCUGCUUAUCUCCUACAUGGUCAUCCUGUGUUCCCUAAGGACCAACAGUGCAGAAGGGAGGCGCAAAGCCCUCUCUACCUGUAUUUCUCAUAUUACAGUGGUGGUUUUAUUUUUUGUACCAUGCAUAUUUGUGUACAUGAGACCUGCAGCUACAUUACCCAUUGAUAAAGCAGUUGCUCUUUUUUAUACUGUGAUAACUCCCAUGCUAAACCCAUUGAUCUAUACCUUGAGAAAUAGUCAGAUGAAAAAUGCCAUUAAGAGAUUGCUUAGUAGAAAAAUUCAAUCAGAUGACAAAUAA